UGGGCCGGACCACAGCCGGACGCCGGACGGACCCAGCCAACCCAGACCCAGCCCACCCAGCCGUCAAACAACCGGCUGACCUUCCCGGUUUCCGGCAAGCGAAACAGGUGGAGGGUUCAACGUUCAACGGUUUAGCAAGGCCGCUGCGCCAGUGAGUACGAGUCGGUUGAUGCGUGAGGGCCACAAAAUGUCCCUCGUCAUCCUGCUGAGCGGAAUCGGCGCUGCCGUGGCGGCAGCCCUCAUCUUUCGGUACAUGCGAAGCCGCGCCGAAGCGCUUCGGCUCCUGCUCGAUCCCGACACCAAAUACACGGUGCCGCUGAUCGAGAAAGAAGAGAUCAGCCACGACACCCGACGUUUCCGCUUCGGUCUUCCGUCGCCCGAGUACGUCUUGGGACUGCCCACCGGUCAACACAUCUAUUUGGUGGCCACGGUGAACGGACAGCUCGUGCCGAGGCCCUACACGCCCGUGACCAGCGACCAGCACCACGGUUACUUCGACCUCGUAGUCAAGGUGUACUUCAAGAACGUGCACCCCAAGUUCCCCGAGGGCGGCAAGAUGUCCCAGCACUUGGACGCCAUGCAGAUUGGGGACACCAUCCAGGUGCGGGGUCCGUCGGGGCUCAUCCGCUACCAGGGCCGGGGCACCUUCGCCAUUAAGCCGGACAAGAAGUCGGCCCCAGCCCCGUACCGGGCCGCCGAGAUCGCCAUGAUCGCCGGCGGCACGGGCAUCACUCCCAUGCUGCAGAUUGUGCGCCACGUGUUCAACGACCCGCUGGACAAGACCCGCUGCUCGUUGAUCUUCGCCAACCAGACGGAAGACGACAUCCUGCUGCGGCCAGAGCUGGAGCAGGUGGCUAAGGAGCACCCAGAUCGCUUCCGGCUCUUCUUCACUGUGGACCGGGCCAAGGACGGCUGGACGCAGGGUGUGGGCUUUGUCAGCGCCGACAUGAUCGCCAAGAACUUCCCGCCACCGUCGGACGACACCGUGGUGCUCAUGUGCGGUCCGCCGCCCAUGGUCAACUUUGCCUGCAAGCCCAACCUUGAGAAGCUGGGUUACAGUGCUCAGCGAUGCUUUGCCUACUAGGCUGCUCCCUCUUGAGACUUCUGGAGGGGAUUGGUGCUUGUCAUUGUGAGGUGUUUGCCUCUUGGAAAGAAGGAAACAAAUGUCUUGCCUACUAGGGUAUAGUAUGGAAUAUGCAUGCUUGAGACUUUUGGAGGACACCAGCGAUAGCCCGAUGCUGUCAUUCGGUCGUUGCGGCUCGUUCCAUCGGGUUGUGUCUUUAAUGGGCUUUGGUUGCUGAAGGGGAGGUUUACCUAUCGAAGUGAAAUGGAUGUUCCAUUAACGUUUCGUCUAAGAGUGUACUUGGGAGUUUUGGAAGAGUCUGGUGACGACCAAGCACUAUGGUUUGGUUGUUCCAGCUGCUGUCUUGUAUUCCUUCCGUCUUCAAUGUAUUCUGGAUCUGCACAGGGAUUAACUAAUGUUCUGCGUAUUAGAGUGUAACAGAUUUUUCAUGGAUGUUUUGCUUAGGAGGGUACUUCUCGUUGAGAGUCUCAGAAGAGACUGGUAAAGACCUGAUGGUGCGGUUGUUGUGGCUUUCGUUUUUUACUUGUGUCCUCAACGGGCUUCGAUUGCAGAAAGGGUUUAGCUGAUGUUUUCCCUACAAAAGUGAAAUGUUCAGCUGGUAUCUUCUAAAUAAGUGAAAUGAAUGUUUCAUGGCUGUUUUGUCUGAGGGUACUAGGAAGUUAAGUUUUCAUAGCUAAAGUUCAUAGCUGCUGUCUUGUUGUAAUUGCACUUUUGAGUUUCUCUCGCUUCAGGAAGGGAUGUACAACAUGUACACGCCUCGAUUUGAUUGCCUCGACUUACCGCCACACUUUCUUUUACAAGUGUAAUGUGUUCUGACCAUUAAAAAGAGAUGUUUGAUUUUUUUUUUUCACUUUUACAAUCGGUGGAAUUUUGGAUUUGGGUACUGGAGGCUCUGCUUGAAUUCUUGCUUUGAACUGGGAGUAAAACAUCAAUACGGGAGAAAUUGGAAGACCUUUUGCUUUUAUGCUUUUUGCUUUGCUGUGACCUGUUCAUGCUCCAGAUGAAAUGAAUGCAACACUGUUUUCUGCAAGGACUGUAUUUUUAACAGUGGAGGGUUGACAGAAUGUAUGCCCACUUGUUCAAUCAAUGCCAGCAUUGAAUCGUUCUUGUGUAGGGCAGUCUUCAUCUCUCACUGUUUGACAUAUCAUUGAAUAUUAUAUGCAUACUUUCAAAUAACGUACAGCAUAUUGCGGUUUUUUGUUUGUUUCUGUGCUUAAAACGGGAAAUAUAUAUUUAAGGAAACAUAAACUCGAAGGUGUGCUUUUCUGUUUAGUUGUGACCGUAACAUGCGACGUGUUUGCCUGGUUCGUGUGCUGUGCACAUUCCCAUGCCGUUGUAACUCUUCACCCUGGGAAGAUACGGCUUUGUAUUUGCUGUCUUUUGAGAAGUGUGACCAAUAUAUGCAUUGAUAAACGGGUUCAGCCUGUCCUGGGCGAUUUAAUAGCUCUGCCUAAAAUUUAUCCUUCUGCUUAGCAUUGUGGGUCUAGUUCAGGUUGCCAAUUAAAACCCAUUGAUGAGUCUGUCUUGGGAAGUUUAACAACAAGAAUUGAACUUUCUGCUUGGCACUACCUCUCAGUAUGCCAAUUAGAACCCAUUGAUGAGUGGCUGUGCACUCCUUGGGUGGUAAGUAGUGAACAGAAGAAAUUUGAAUUCUACCUUGAACCUGUGUUUUAAAAAAUGAUGGUUGCUAACAGAUUAGUACUAUCUCUCAAGAAGGUUCUUUCUGUUUCAGAAGGCUACUGUAGUUUGGGCAAUGAUGAGAAGUGUAAAGGAACCACUGCUACUCUACAUGAUCUCGUAUAUUACUGGGUCCGUUUAAAGCGACCAAGCACUUUUUGAGGCGGCAGAAACCUAGCGGUCAACUCUUAAAGGGGAGCUCCAGCGGCUCUUUCAACUUCUCAAACUACUAAACACAUUUUUGGAAUACCCAGGCUUUAGUCUUUCCGCCGUGCUGUUCACCACCUCUAAAUUAAAAAUAGCUAUCGAGAAAACGUCAAAUGUAGCUUAUGCCAAAACCAACAUUCGAAUUUUGUAUAACUUGCAAGUCAAGCAAGCAGUUUAAAUUGCGAGUUCUUUUCCUCGUUCUGCCGACGUGAACUUCCCCAGCAUUCAUCUUGUGCCAUCAAACUUGUUACCCGUAGGGGGGGACACUGCAGCAUCAAACUGUACUGCCCCUCCAUUACAACAUUUGACAUCACGUUUUCGGCAUUGCCGGUAGAACUUAGCGAAAUAAAUUAUUCUUUCGCUAAGUUCUACCAGUUCUAAAGAAACUAGAAAUAACUUAGCAAAAGAAAUUAUUUUUGCUCACUUUUUGGGUGAGUAGUUCAGGUGCGUCUAUUAAUGUGUCAAACCAUUUUUCAAUUGAAAUGCCGACUGUCAAAACUUCACCAGAGCUCCUUUUUAUAGGAAGAUCUUUUGAUUAGUCAUAAAGGUAUGUGGGAUGAGGUGGCUGGAAAGUACUAAGGGAAUUCCUGCUUUCUUUUAGUAGGAAAACUGUAGCUCUGUCUUUAUUUUGUUUAUGUUUCCUUCAUGGGUCUUGGAGAACAAUGCUCUCAAGGUCGUGGGAAUCGUGUGCACAUUAAACACCACCUUUCCUUCUAAACAGGUAUGGAAAGAGACUAACAAAGGAAGCAUAGUAAAAUUUGUUUUCUAGAAGUAGCAAGUAAAGUUUUAAAAAGAUAAUUGCAUUGCGUGCAUGCUUAGACGGCGGGAAACGAGUCUGCCUCGAUGGGCGUCUGGUGUCUCUGCCAUUGACGAGGAAUUCAAGCAGUGCAGUGCUACUGCUAGCCCAGGGUCUUCAAUAUGCACCACGUGGUAGCAACGCGCAACCGCAUGCUGGUACGAUGCUCAUCCAGAUCAAAACGGGCAGGGAUGGGGUUAGAGUUCUACGGUGAGAGCUUAUGCUCCUUGUAUUCCAAGCUGCAAUGCAUUCACACACUACGCCGGCGAUGCCCACCAGGUUUUUGGGCAUUAUGAGAGUUUUUCAGCUUCUUUGUUAUACUAGGCACAACAUACUUAUAUGGUUAAGAACAAACUUGCAAUUUAAACUAUGGAUUACCUUGUCAUAGUUAUGAUUUUAGGAAUUCACUAGCAAGUGCCUGUAAUCUUUGGUGUUAUUUAUAUUUUAAUCAAAUGUUUCAAAGUUUGUGGCAUAUGGCUUGAGGAAAUAUUACAUUUCCUCAAGUUUCAGCCAGACGUUUGUGAAAUCUUUGUAUAACGUCGCACCCCCACGUGCUGCACUUCUUGGUGCCAAAAUGGGAGACUUAUCAUUUUUGCCCUGUGAAUACCACCUUUUGCAAACUUGGACAGCUUGAUACUUGAGACCCAUGUUAUGAAAAAAAAAAAAGGCAUGGAAUGGCCAAAAAGGCACACUUUUCGUGUAAGGCCCGUCAAAUUAUGAGGUGCUGGAGAAAACCAGCCUUCUGCGUUAAGCCCUUAUUUCAAAUUCUUUUUGUUCCCGUUUCGCCCAUUGAAAAGCAUGCGGGAAGUACCUCAGCAUGCACCUCAUAUCGUUGCGCUGCAGUGUUCUUCCGCAGCAAAAAGGCCGUCUGCUUUCAUGACCGUCACCAAGACAAUAAACGCCGAAUUACCUUUUCGGACGGCACGUGUAUCAUUGGGGAGCGUGUUAAUCCAGCCCCCCCAUCGGCGAUAGUGUGCGGCUGCUCAUUACGAAACUAUUAAACUUUAGCUAGCAGAUGGCAUUAGAAAAAUCGGCGUUCGUUGCCAUGGUGAUGGCAGUGAAAGCAGACGGCCUUUAUGCUGCGGAAGAACACUGCGGUGCAGUCAUAUAAUGCCCAAAAGGGUGCUUUGAGGUAUAUUAAAUAAAUAUAAAAAUAAAAAUGAGGACUGAACGCAGAAAGCUGGUUUUCAGAAUUAAUUGGGGGGUUAGUUGGUUGAACAUCUAAACGGUAGUUUUAAAAGCGCUCUGUCCUGUCCCCUUCUUCUCUUCCUAGUCCUUUGCACUUUUAAAACCACCGUCCAGAAGCUGGUUUUCUCCAGCAACACAUAAUUUGACGAGCCUUACAUGAAAAGCGUUUUUUCAGACUGGAGUUCAAAGGCAGUUUUUCUUACAACAACAUGGCUCUGAGGUAUCAAUGUGCCCAAACUUGUAUGUUUCAAAAAGUCCAAGCAUAAUCCGCACAAAGUCUGCAUUUACUGUUUCUCAUAAGAACUGCCCAGGAAAGUCGGGUUGCAAGCAAAUACAGUGUUGAAAUUCAGAAAAGCUGACCUCUUAGGUUGGUUGAAUGGCUCCAGAUGACAACGGUGCUGCUGCGAAGCAGGUCCAAGACAGGCUUUCUUUCUCAUAUUUUUGUAUCGUAGGUGGCAUAAUUACCAGUGGACACGUCUUUGGCUCGAGAAAUAGUGCUGGUUCUUUAAAGUAGGCCUAUUUUGGGACAAGUGUCGUGAGGCAGUUUCAUAAAUACUUAUAGGCUUUUAUUUUUUUACGACUCAUCUUGCAACAUGCCUACCAAGUGCCCAUGUUAUGUACACUGUUGCUAAUAAACUGUUUGUUCUGGAA